AUGGGAGAGUGUACCAAGGAGACAGCCUUCGAGAUUCUCGACACAUUCAAAGAACUUGGGGGCAACUUCAUUGAUACCGCAAAUGGAUAUCAAGACGGAGAAUCCGAGCUCUGGUUGGGUGAAUGGAUGACUUCACGCAAGAAUCGUGACGAACUUGUUCUGGCAACUAAAUAUUCCGGCACCUGCAUUCCGCACAUGAAGGAUAAAGUCCAGGCCAAUUUCUGUGGCAAUGGCACAAAGUCAAUGCGCCUGUCAGUAGAGAGCUCUCUCGAGCGUCUUCAAACAUCCUACGUUGAUCUUUUGUAUGUCCACUGGUGGGAUUAUGCAACGCCUAUCCCCGAACUGAUGCGUAGCCUCAAUGCGCUUGUUGAGUCUGGCAAGGUCAAUUAUCUGGGGAUCUCUGAUACGCCGGCAUGGGUGGUCGCGAAAGCAAACCAGUAUGCACGAGAUCAUGGAUUCGCGCCUUUUGUCGUCUAUCAAGGCCUGUGGAAUGCGUCAAUCCGCGACUUCGAGCGUGACAUAAUCCCCAUGUGCAAAGAUGAGGGAAUGGGUUUAGUACCAUACGGGACUUUGGGCCAAGGAUGUUUUCAAACCGAAGCAGCCUUCAAAGAGCGUCAAGUCAACAAUCCCGGACGUCAAAAGAAACCGAAAAGGAACGAGAGAGCUAUCUCCAAAGUGUUGGAGGCACUGAGCAACGAAAAGAAUACGAGACUCACAGGCGUUGCCAUGGCGUAUGUUAUGAAUAAGGCGCCUUACGUCUUCCCUCUCGUUGGAUGUAGAACAUCCGAACAACUGAAGAGCAACGUCGAAGCUCUCAAUAUUGAUCUGAAUGAUGACGAGAUUGCAGAGAUUGAGAACGCCUACUACUUUGAUCCUGGGUUCCCUCAUACAUUCCUAAGCGGAACACUAUUCAACAAUGACGAUACUGUCCAAGAGGUUCCUCAUGGACCUGGUGAUGUUUGGUUGACGAAUGCGAUCACCAACAUUGACUGGGUUGAACCAUCAAAGCCAAUCAAACCUGUUCAUUCAUGA